AUAUAUACAUAACAACAACAAAAGAUCAUGGAGAAAACAGAAAACCAUCGUGAUGAGUUUGAUAACUCGAGCUUAAAUCAUCACAUUGAAAAGGAAGAAAGAGUGGUUGUCCCACCCGGAAAUGGUUUAUCGGGUUUCGUGAAAAAUCCUUAUGUCUUUCUUACCGCUGUCUUUGCCUCCAUUGGUGGUAUCCUCUUUGGUUAUGAUCAGGGUGUUAUCUCGGGUGUCCAAGAAAUGGCUGAUUUCAAGGAACGUUUCCCAAUGACUUCGACACAAACUGGUUUUAUGGUGUCUAUUCUUGAGUUGGGUGCUUGGGCUGGUGCUUGGAUCAUUGGUUACUUCGCUGAUCGUAUCGGUCGUAAAAACUCUAUUGUUCUCUCCAAUGUUAUCUUCUUGUUAGGCAGUGCCAUUCAAGGUGGUGCUCAAAACAUUGGCAUGUUAUUAGGUGGUCGAUUUGUCACUGGUAUGGCUGUCGGUGCCCUCAGUUUGCUUGUCCCUCUCUAUCAAUCUGAAAUUGCUCCCCCAGAGAUUCGUGGUUCUCUCAUUUCUUUGCAGCAAUUGGCUAUUUGCUUUGGUAUCUUGAUUUCUUUCUGGAUCGAUUACGGAUUAACCAAUAUCGGUGGUCAAGCAGCAUGGCGUAUUCCUCUCUGCCUUCAAAUUGUAUUCUCUCUUGUGCUUGGUAUCGGUAUCAUCUUCUUCCCUUAUUCUCCUCGUUGGCUCAUGAGUAAAGGAAGAGAAGAAGAAGCUCUCAAGGUUCUCUCCAAAUUACGUCGUCUCCCUCAAGACCAUCCUACUGUCCAAGCUGAAUACAAAGAUAUCAAAGUCACUGUUGAAUUUGACCGUCAUAUUGAACGUCAACAAUACCCUCAACACGUCGACAAUGGUAGCAAGGGUCGUAUGAUGAUUGGUGCUUUAGGCUAUCGUGAUCUCUUCAAGAAGGGUUCCUUCAACCGUGUCUUUGUCGGUAGUAUGCUCAUGUUCUUUCAACAAUUCACGGGUAUGAAUGCUUUGGUUUACUAUGCUCCCAAGAUUUUCAAAUCGAUUGGUUUGACCGGUGAUUCUGUCUCACUUUUAGCCACAGGUGUGGUGGGUAUCAUUAAUUUUGUGGGUACCAUUCCUACUGUUAUCUUAUUGGAUGUGCUCGGUCGUAAGACUGCCUUGAUGGUGGCCUCCCUUGUGAUGGGUGUCUGUAUGCUGGUGGUUGCUAUCAUUACUGCCUUAUGUCAACAUGACUGGCCUAGUCACUCUGCUGAAGGUUGGGUCUCUGUUGCGUUUAUCUACAUCUUUAUCUGUGGUUUUGCGGUUGCUUGGGGUCCUAUUCCUUGGGUUGUCUGUGCUGAAAUCUUCCCCUUGAGAAGUCGUGCCAAGGGUAUGAGUGUCACUACCUCUUCUAACUGGAUGAACAACUUUAUCAUUGGUUUAAUCGUACCUGUCAUGUUGGAGAAUAUCACCUAUGGUACCUAUAUCUUUUUCGCUUGUUUCCUCUUCCUUUCGUUUGGCUUUGUUUGGUAUUUUGUGCCAGAGACCAAGGGUAGAACCUUGGAAGAAAUGGAUGAAAUCUUUGGUGGCCAAUCUGCUGUUCAUGAUGCUCAAAUCAUGAAUGAAGUACAGAAUCGUAUCAAUGCCAAUGAUGCUAAGCGUGAAGUCGCUUAA